AUGCCAUUAACAAGAAAACUUGUUGAGAAGAAUCUUAAGAAAAUGAAGCCAGAAGGAUUUAGGGAAAUGCAUGAUGACAGUGGGAUUAAUGAUUCUUUGAUGAAGGGAAUUAGCUCUCACACUAAAGACAAGAAUUCCAAAAAAACAAAGAGGGAAGGGUUAAGGGAGAUGCAUGAUGGCAAGGAGGAUAAGGGUACCUUGGUGAAGAAGGGUAGUCCACACACUGGUGAUAAAAAGCUGAAAAAAAUGAAGCAUGAAGAAUUAAAGGAUGGCACCAUGGAAGAUGGUGCUUUGUGGAAGAAAACUAGCCCUAGAAAGCCUCAGAUCCAUAAUGGAAUCUCUAAUAAGGAGGUGAAAAAUACUGGAAAUAUUGAUGGCGUUCUACAAGAGGGAAAGAAUUUUAAGGCAAUAGUUACUAAGAAAGGUUCCUCAGAUGCCUUUGGAAACGAAAAGACGAAAAAAAAAGGAGAUAAUGAAACACAAAAAGAUGCGGGGGUGAUUGACAGCACGAAUAAUGAUGAUGGAGCCCAGCCCAAGCCAGUUCUUGAAUUGCACAAAGUUAACAGGAAUGGUUUGAAAUCACAAAACAAAUGCCUUUAUGCUGCUGUAUCCUUGCCCCAGGGAACUGAGUUGACAACUGUAGCUGGUGUUGACUUACAGCCACAAGAUGUUGGUGAUGCCCUGCAAUUCUUGGAGUUCUGUGCUGCUUUUGGAAAGAUUCUUAACAUGAAGAAAGGACAACCAGCUCUUGUACUUCGAGAAUUAAUACAUGGACGAAUUGGGCGCAGGGAAAAAUAUUCUAUAAUGGUCCAGUUUCAUAUCCAGUUGUUGUCUGUUAUCCAAACGGAGUCAGGAGAAAAGUCUCCAAUGUUAAGUCCCACUUAUGGCAAAAAUUCUUGGCUGUACGCUCUCAAGGAAUGUGUCUCUGAAUCCCAGUGUGUAUUGAGUUCACUGCCCUUGGAUUGUUUGGAUAGAGGGGCUGAUGGAUAUUAUGCUUUAGAUUCUUCAAAAAGGCUUAGACUUCUAAAUUUUCUAUGUGAUGAAGUUCUUGGAACAGCAAAAAUAAGAAAUUGGAUCGAUGAUCAAAAUUCAAAAUUUGUAGAAAAGGCGAAGGAAGCAAAGGAAAAACUUCUUGCUGCAAAAGAUAAGGAGAAGUGCUUGAAGCAGAAAAUGCGGGAUGAGAUUGCUGAAGCAAUUAUAGCAAAGAACGGUGCUCCUCUUUCCAUUUCAGAGCACGAAGCUAUUAUUUCUCGAAUUAAAUCUGAAGCAGCUCAAGCGCAUGCAGAAAUGCUGGAAUCAAAGGGCAUGGUACCCAAGAACAACCGAAAAUCUGAUGCUGUUAGAACAGAACCUAUGCUUCUGGACAUUAAUGGGCAGGCGUAUUGGAGACUAAAAGGCUAUUCUGAUAUUUUACUGCAAGAUGUGGGAAGAGGGGAUUGUGUUGCCUUGGAUGAAAGAUGGUUUGCUUUUGAAGUUGAACAGGAAAAAGUGAUUGAAACAAUCAUUAACUCGAGGAAAAGAAGGCUAAGGCCCUGGACAGUUCCUGACAUACUUAUGUCCCAAAAUAGUGAAGCUAAUCCAUAG